AUGGAUUCAUUAAAGUUGCCACAAACUGCUGCUCAAGCUAAAGUGUUUACAGCACCAAAUUCAAUUUUAUUUCCUAAAGGUCUAGACGGUGAAGCGGGUCUUGAAGAAAAUGACAACAAGGACUUUGUUGCCAAUGGAAUCAACGCCACGGUCAAGAAGGAAAAAAGUGCCGAUGUCAUUGAAUCAAAACAACAAGAGGAUGAUGGUGCCACGUCAGGAAUUGUCCCUACUUUACAGAAUAUAGUUGCCACUGUGAAUCUAGAUUGCCGGUUGGAUUUAAAGACCAUUGCGUUGCAUGCACGAAAUGCCGAAUAUAACCCAAAGCGUUUUGCCGCUGUUAUUAUGAGAAUCAGAGACCCUAAAACAACAGCAUUGAUUUUUGCCAGUGGUAAAAUGGUUGUUACUGGUGCUAAAUCAGAAGACGAUUCCAAGUUAGCAUCAAGGAAAUACGCCAGAAUUAUUCAAAAAUUAGGAUUCAAUGCUAAAUUUACUGAUUUCAAAAUUCAAAAUAUUGUUGGUUCAUGUGAUGUUAAAUUCCCUAUUAGAUUGGAAGGAUUGGCUUUUUCACAUGGUACUUUCUCUUCAUAUGAACCUGAAUUGUUUCCUGGUUUAAUUUAUAGAAUGGUGAAGCCAAAAAUUGUGCUUUUGAUUUUCGUCUCGGGAAAAAUUGUGUUGACGGGUGCUAAACAAAGAGAGGAGAUUUAUGCUGCUUUCGAGGCUAUUUAUCCUGUGUUGAGUGAAUUUAGGAAAUCUUAG